AUGCGAUCUUUUGGCUUCCUUCUCGCUCUCUUUCUUUCUUUCACUGUGUCAUCUUACGCCUGGCCUAGCAAUGGAUACUCAGCCCUUGAAGUACGUCGGAAUGGCGAUGGCAAUAGCACAGAUUCCAACAAUGCCGAGCGCGCCCUCAAGAAAUCGUGCAAGAAGAUGCGCGGACUCAGCGUGUUCUCUCAAGUCGCAGCCAACCAGACCAAGCUAGACGCAUUGGUUGCAGAAGGCAAGCUCACGACUACUGAAGUGGAUGCCAUCAAAGCAAAAGCUGCAAAUGUCACCACAGAGCUGCAGUCAAUGCAGUCCAACGCAACACUAGUCAGCGAAUGCGCUGUUGUGAACGCUGAACAGAAGAGCGUUAGCCAGUGCAAGAAGAUGAAGAAAUUGACAAAGCUAGCGGCGCUGGCUGGCAAUGAAACUGCCAUGGCUGCCCUCGAGCAGAAGAAGGGCUUGAACGAUACAGGUAUCGCGAAACUGAAGGCAAAGAUUGAGAAAGCGUCAACAAAGCUGCAAGAGAUGCAGUCCAACACCACACUGACAGCAUUCUGUGCCCAGCAAAAGCAGCAGAACAACGACGCUUCGGACUCAGAUGGAACCACUGCAAGCCAAGUCCAGCAGGGAACUAGCGCCGCCCAAGGCCUUACUGCGCAAACCAUACCUUUAAUUCUCGUGUCAACACUUGCCGUCGUCUUUACCGUGUUCCUCUAA